CCUUUUUCUUUGUCCUCGGUUUCCGUCAAUCUAACUCUUGAACUCGGCGCCGUGUCUUUUGGUAGUUGUAAAACCAGGCGUUGUGUUCCCUCUCCGUCUUGCCCACCAAUUCCCUCUCUAUUUACGCUGCUGCCAUAUCCCCGCUUUUUAUCCUCCUAAACCCAAAAACACAUAAAACCCCUCUUUACAGUCUACACUCCAGUCUCCAGAGGGCUGUCUGCCAAAGGUCCCUCUAAAGCCAACCCUGAUGGACAGUAACUUGGACGAAGAGCAACAAUUGCAAACUGCUAUCUUAACCCGCAUAAGUUUCACUAUCUCAAACGAAACUGAUCGAGAAAGAACUUGUGCUGUGCCAAUUGAUGCUGUAAGUGAGGUUACUGAUCCUAGGUUGGGGCUUCCAAAUUGGUCUUCAGUAUGCUCCACAUGUGGAGCCACCGAUUUAAAACACUGCGAAGGUCAUUUUGGUGCUAUUAAAUUUCCAUUCACGAUAAUACAUCCAUAUUAUAUGUCAGAAGUUGCACAAAUUUUGAAUAAAGUUUGUCCAGGAUGUAAAUCUAUUCGGAAAAAAUUACAUUUCAAGGGGGCUGAAUCAAUCUCUCAAGAAAAUUGGCUGACAGCUUGCAGAUACUGUAUGGGAAAUUCAAAAGAUUGGUAUCCAAAAAUGAAAUUUAAAUUUUCCUCACAAGAUCCCCUCAAAAGAACUUCGAUUAUAGUCGAAGUCAAUGAAAAGUUUCCAAAGAAAGGAUUGAAGAAAGUACUGCCUGCUGAUUAUUGGGAUUUUAUCCCAGAAGAUGCACAACAAGGAGAAAUUUGUUUGAAGCCAAACAGAAGGGUUUUAACACAUGCACAGGUUCGAUACUUGCUGAAUGGUGUUGACCCGAAGUUCAUAAAGCAGUUUGUUUCAAGAAUAGAGACUCUGUUUCUCAACUUCUUCCCUAUAACACCAAAUUGCCAUCGUGUGACACAAGUUAUGCAUGGAUUUUCUAAUGGGCAGCGUCUAGUCUUUGAUGAAAGGACCAGGGCUUACAGGAAACUGGUUGAUUUUAGAGGCAUGGCUAGUGAGUUGAGUUUUCGCCUUCUUGACUGCCUCAAAAUUUCCAAGUUAAAUGCAGGCAAGUCUUUAAAUAACGAUUCUGUGGCUGUGGUACUUAGAAAGAACAAAGAUCCAGCAUCCGAUCCUUAUGGUCAGAGAUGGGUCAAAGAUGUUGUUCUUGCAAAGCGAAAUGAUCAUUCAUUUCGUAUGGUUGUCAUUGGUGAUAUAAAUAUCAAACCCAAUGAAGUUGGUAUACCCAGGCAUAUUGCAGAGAGGUUGCAAAUUCCUGAGCAUCUGAAUGCCUUGAACUGGGAGCAGCUGUGUGCUUAUUGUGAACUGUGUUGUCAUGACAAGGGUACAUUUUUUGUUCGCCGAAAAGAUAGUCUGAUUCGUUGUCAUAAUAUUAAGGAUCUACAAAUUGGAGAUAUUGUGUAUAGGCCUCUAAGUGAUGGCGACAUCGUGUUGAUAAAUAGGCCUCCUUCUAUUCAUCAUCACUCCAUGCUUGCUCUCUCUGUUAAGGUCCUUCCAGUAACUUCUGUUAUUUGUAUUAACCCACUCUGUUGUUCCCCGCUACGAGGGGAUUUUGAUGGAGAUUGCCUUCAUGGAUAUGUCCCUCAAUCCAUUGAAACGAGAGUAGAGCUGAGUGAGCUUGUUGCUUUAGAUAGACAGUUGAUUAACAGGCAGAGUGGUAGAAAUCUUCUUUCACUUGGUCAUGAUAGCUUGACUGCUGCUCAUUUGGUGUUGGAGUAUUGGACCCUCUUGGACCUCUUUCAGAUGCAGCAGCUAAAAAUGUUUUGUCCUCAUCAAUUGCUUCCUCCAGCAAUUAUUGAAGCUCCUUCACUUAAUGGUUUUGGUUGGACCGGAAAGCAGUUAUUUAGCAUGCUUCUACCUAGAGAAUUUAAUUAUGCUUCUCCUUCCAACAGUGUCUGCAUAUGUAACGGGGAGCUUAUUUCUUCUGAAGGAUCCACGUGGCUUCGUGAGACUGAUAGCAAUUUUUUCCAGAGUCUUAUAAAAAGUUUCCCAGGUAAUGUGCUUGACUUUCUCUGUGCUGCUCAGGAGACACUUUGCGAAUGGUUGUCGACGAGGGGCUUGAGUAUUUCACUGUCAGAUUUAUACCUAACUUCUGACUCAUCAUCAAGGAAAAACUUGAUGGAUGAAAUCUUUUCUGGUCUACAAGAGGCAGAGCAGACAUGCAACUUUAAACAGUUGAUGGUGGAUUCUAAUCGAGGUCUUCUUGCUGAAUGUCUUGAAGAGGAUGAGUAUGUCAUGGGCUUUGAUGCAGAGUACUUGAGCUAUGAAAGGCAACGAUCAGCGUCCCUCAAUCAAGUUUCUGUUAAUGCAUUUAAGCAAGUAUUUUGGGAUAUAAAUAAUUUGUUCUAUAAAUAUGCAAGCAAGGACAAUUCAAUGCUCGCUAUUUGCAAGGCAGGAAGCAAAGGUAAUUUGCAUAAAUUGGUCCAAAAUAGCAUGUGUCUUGGCCUACAAUAUUCUACUGUACCGUUGUCAUUUGAAUUUCCCCAUCAACUCUCAUGCGCUGGUUGGAAUAAACAGAAGGGUAUCUCUUUAAUUCAGAAGGCUCAUAAAUCUGCUGCAUGUCCCAAGUCGUAUAUCCCAUAUGCCGUGGUUCACAAUUCUUUUCUUACGGGAUUGAAUCCAAUUGAAUCUUUUGUUCAUUCCGUUACAAGUCGAGGUAGUUCUUUCAGCGACAAUGCAGACCUUCCUGGCACAUUGUCUAGAAGGCUUAUGUAUUUCAUGCGUGAUUUGCACGCUGCAUAUGAUGGAACAGUGAGAAAUGCAUAUGGGAAUCAGCUAGUUCAGUUCUCUUAUAAUGCUGAUGAGGAUAUAUUUAGUUCAAUCAGCAAUGACUGUGGGAGAAUUAGUGCUUGCAAAGUCAUGGAUGGUGAACCUGUGGGUUCAUUGGCCGCCUGUGCCAUUUCUGAAGCAGCGUACAGUGCUUUGGAUCAACCAGUUAGUCUACUUGAAACUUCACCUUUGCUAAAUUUGAAGAAUGUUCUAGAGUGUGGUUCAAAAAAAAAUAAGAGACAUCAAAGUAUGUCACUGUUUUUGUCUGAGAAACUUGGAAGACAGAGGCAUGGUUUUGAGUACGGAGCCUUGGAAGUUAAGAACCGUUUGGAGAAACUUAUCUUUUCAGAUGUUGUUUCUACAUCGAUGAUAAUUUUCUCACCACAGAGUUGUGGCAAGAUGCAUUUCAGUCCUUGGGUCUGCCAUUUUCAUUUAUGCAAGGAAAUUGUGAAGUCUCGAAGACUUAAAGUGCAUUCAAUUAUUGAUUUGCUCCACAAGAAAUGCAAUUCUGUCCCCAAUUUUCCAAUUCUGAAAAUUUCGAGCAAGGACUGUUCUGUAGCUCACGACGAGAAGGAAGAUAAUGAUACAUUUUGUAUUACUGUCACAGUAGUUGAAAAUACCAAAAAUUCAUCCAUACAAUUGGAUACAAUUCGAGACUUGGUGAUGCCUUUCCUCCUUGGAACAGUUGUAAAAGGGGUAUUGGAGGUCAAGAAGGUCGAUAUUCUAUGGAAAGAUAGGCCGAAAGUACCCAAAUCAAAUUCACCUUCCUCAGGUGGACUAUAUUUGAGGGUUUUAAUGGAAGGAAAUUGCAGUAAAACAAGAUUGUGGAGUGUACUAUUAAAUGGUUGUCUCCAGAUAACAGAUAUGAUCGAUUGGACACGCAGUCAUCCAGACAACAUUUAUGAUUUCUGUUUGGCCAAUGGGAUAGAUGCUGGGUGGAAAUUCUUUCUCACUAAUUUGGAGUGCACAAUAGCUGAUAUUGGAAAGACUAUACUCUCUGAACAUUUGGUUCUUGUCACAAAUUGUCUAUCUACUACGGGGGAGUUUGUCAGUUUAAAUGCAAAAGGCUUGGCGCAGCAAAGAGAACAUGCAUCUGUCUCAUCACCCUUUGUGAAGGCUUGCUUUUCUACUCCUGGUCAGUGUUUUAUUAAAGCUGCCAAGGCAGGAGCUAUCGAUAAUCUUCAGGGGAGCCUAGAUGCUUUGGCGUGGGGAAAGGUUCCACCCAUCGGUACUGGAGGGCAGUUUGAUAUCAUGUAUUCUGGAAAGGGUUGUGAGCUGUCUGAGCCUUUAGAUGUCUAUGACCUGCUGGGCAGCCUGAACAGUUCUGACAAGCUGAAUGUGAACUUUCAAAAACCCGAUGCAUGGAAAUACACUGCUGAAUGUAGGGUCAAGUCUUUCAAUUUGCCUCAUUCUGCUGUCAAAGGUUUUGAUGAACUAAUGCUUAAAAGUCAUUAUUCACAAGAAGAUAUUCAAAACCUCUCUCGUACAUUGAGUAAAAUUUUACGCAGUUAUUCAAUCAAUCAACAAAUAAAUGAAACAGACAAAUCUGUGAUAAUGGAAGCUUUAAGUUUCCAUCCACGGAAAGAUGACAAGUUGAGCAAUGGAGUUCAAGCUAUAAAGGUCGGCCAUCACCCAAAAUAUGAAAAUUCACGCUGCUUUAUGUUGGAAAGAGCAGAUGGUACCUUAGAAGACUUCUCGUAUCGCAAGUGCAUUCUUGGCGCUUACGAAAUUAUUGCCCCUCAAAGGGCUAAAGGCUACAAAUCAAUGUGGCUGAAAGAUGACAAGGUAUCAUCUGACUCAUUUAAGCACAAAUAUAAGCCAGACCCUGAAGUCCUAGCAUGCACAGAAGAUAUCAGCAGGCCAGAGGAUAUUAUUUCUGAUUUUUGCAUUAGUUGACGAUUGUCGUGAAUUCUACAAUUGGACUCUGGACGAAGUUACUAGGUGAAGAGGGAAUCGCUCCUUUUGUUGUUGAAAAACUUUCUUAACCUGCUUUUAAGUUUACAUCUCAGUCUAUGUACCAAAGCUUUUUUUUGCUCCUUCCACUUUAACUUCGUUUGCCUUAUAAUGGUAGGCAAAGAAGGUCUAGUGGAAGCAGCAAAGAAAAGCUUGUAAUGGCCAUACAUAUGCGAUGUAUUAUUAUCCGGAGUUUGUCGUGUCAAUAAACUAAACUUUCUGCUAUAUUCUGAAUUGCUGUUUUGGCAGUUCUAUUCAUAAUUGUUAUAUGCU